CGAGAAAGUGCCAAACAACCACAGAGGCCCACGCCACUCCAUCACAUCCCUUGAGCCUCGAACAUCGUCGUGUGCUGUACUCAAAGUGUCAUUGCUCGGCUUUCGAAUCAACCGACAAAAUGGGUGACGCUGCCAACCAGAUCACCAGAGGCGCCCUCCAUGCCAUCUUCAACGACCCCGCGAGGGCCAACGCCCAGUUCCCAGUCCCCGUAUUGCAAUGCCUCCAGCUCAAGCACAUGGACCAGGCCAAAACGGGCGGCCCAGACAGAUACCGCGUCGUCCUGAGCGACGGCGAUAACUUUGUCCAGUGCAUGCUCGCCACCCAGGCAAACCAUGUCGUCCACGAUGGCAAACUCGUCAAGGGCUGCAUCCUGCGACUCAAGACCUACUCGUCCAACUCGGUCAAGGGGAAGAACAUCUUGAUCGUGCUCGACGUCGAUGUCAUCGAGUCCCUCGGCACCCCGGACAAGAUCGGCGACCCCAAACCUUUCCAAGCCAAGGCGGAAGAGGCCGCAACCAACACGACCAUCGGCGGCAGCGGGUUCUACGGAAACAAGCAGGAAGACUCAAAGCCUGCAGUCAAGAAGGAGAACAUCCCCACACGGGCCCGGGGCUCAUCCCAGCUCGGGAACAAUGUCAUAUACCCCAUCGAGGCGCUGUCGCCGUACGCCAACAAGUGGACCAUCAAGGCCCGGGUGAGCGCCAAGUCCGACAUCAAGACGUGGCACAAGUCCACCGGCGAGGGCAAGCUCUUCAGCGUCAACCUGCUGGACGAGAGCGGCGAGAUCAAGGCCACCGGCUUCAACGAGCAGUGCGACCAGUUCUACGACGUCCUGCAGGACGGCGAGGUCUACUACAUAUCCAGCCCCUGCAAGGUGAACAUGGCCAAGAAGCAGUUCUCCAACCUGACCUGCGACUACGAGCUGGCCUUCGACCGCAACACCGUCAUCGAGAAGGCCGAGGACCAGAGCAACGUGCCCCAGGUCCGCUUCAACUUCUGCGGCAUCGAGGAGCUGGGCAAGGUCGAGAAGGACACCACCGUCGAUGUUGUCGGCAUCCUGAAGGACGUCGAGGGGGUCGUGUCGUUCCAGUCCAAGGCCACCCAGAAGGACUACGAGAAGCGGGAGCUCACCAUCGUCGACGACAGCGGCUUCUCGGUGCGGGUGACCCUCUGGGGCAAGACCGCCAACACCUUCGACGCGCCCCUCGAGUCCGUCGUCGCGUUCAAGGGCGUCCGCGUGUCCGACUUUGGCGGCCGCUCGCUGUCCCUCCUGUCGUCGGGCACGAUGGCCGUCAACCCAGACAUCGCGGAGGCGCACCGGCUCAAGGGCUGGUACGACGCGUCGGGCCGCACGGACGAGUACCGCUCGCACAACAACAUGGCCUCGAUGGGCAGCGCGGCGGGCCGCAAGGAGGACACGAGGAGCAUCGCGCAGGUCAAGGACUCGGGGCUGGGCAUGGAGGAGCAGGCCUACUUCACCGUCAAGGGGACCAUCGUCUACAUCAAGCAGGAGAGCUUCUGCUACCCGGCCUGCCGCUCCGAGAACUGCAACAAGAAGGUCGUCGAGGAGGACGGCGGCUGGCGCUGCGAGAAGUGCAGCGUCACCCACGACAGGCCAGAGUACCGCUACAUCAUGUCCGUCAACGUCAACGACCACACCGGCCAGCUGUGGCUGAGCUGCUUCGACGACACCGGCCGCGCCAUCAUGGGCGGCAGGUCCGCCGACGAGCUCAUGCGGCUCAAGGAGACCGACGAGGAGGGGCUGGCCAGGGUGUUCGACGAGGCCAACUGCACCAAGUACAGCUUCAGGUGUAGGGCCAAGAUGGACAUGUUUGGUGACAUGCAGCGCAUCCGGUACCAGGUCAUGCGCGCCGAGCCCCUGAACUACGUGGCCGAGGCCAAUGCGUUGGCCACGCUGAUCAAGCAGUACGAGGACAUGCAGGUGUGAGGAAGCAGGCGGACGCCUGCUCCCCUGUCAGCAGUGGAAUCUCCGCCCGGCCUCGUCUCGGGCGGGUUGGCUGUGGUAGAAGCCCGGAUGUGUAGCCAGCAACACUGGCAGUGGCUGGAUCGCUCCGCCUGUUGUGUUUGUCCCCUCUCGCCGGAGCUCUGCGGUUGGACUUUUUGGUGUUUUUGUGCUCACAUGUGUUUGUUUCGGGAAAAAAAGAAGGAAAAGGGAGGCAAUAGAUACCUGACUUUAAUCACCUGGGCCCGUGUAUGAAAUCUGACUCUGGUCGAAGGAAUGGGGGGCCAAGAAGAGACUGUAGCAUCAGUGCAAAGCAAGAACAAAUACUAGCAUGUGUGUUUCAAGAA